CGGUGGUGCGCGGUCCGCCGGGAGCGCGCCCCGCCUCCUCGCCGGGCACCUGCUCGGGGCGGAGCGGCGGCGGCGGCGGCUCCGGUGGCGCUUCAAGAAACUCAAACACGUGAGAAAAGAUGACGAGAUCUAGAUCAAGAUCACCACGAUGGAAACAAAGGUCCUUAUCUCCAGCAUUUAGGAGUCCAGAACACCAUAGGCAAAGGCAUGCUCAUAUUAAUUAUGACUGUGAAUAUAAAAGCUUUCGUAAGGACCCAAAGAAGUCUAUGCCUUGGAGAGCAGAAGAUGAAAAGUAUGGACAAAGCAAUUCUAGAUUUGCACCUCAUGGAAAUAACCACCAGAGAAUUUAUGAACGUAGGUCACCUUCACCAAACCUAAAAAGAGUUUUCUUGGAAGAUACUUAUAGUCAUAAGCCCUACAGAACACAUUCAUCAGAAAGAACUGAAAGCAAUAGGAGAUACCAGUUACCACCAAAAUACUCAGAAAUACCAUAUAAAGAACAUGACCGGCCAUUUUACCAGCACAAAAUGGAAGAAAGAUAUAUGUCUGAGCACUAUAAAGUCACUGGAAAUGAAAAAGGAAUGAAACCUUUUCAUAGACCUUUAGGGGCUUCAUGUAAACUUGAAAGAAAAUGGCAUGAAGAUGACUUGAGGCACCAGAGGUUACAUGAGGAGAAGUAUGGUCAGUCACCCAGAAGAGUGUCUGAUGAAUUUACUGCAAGGAGCUCUUUACAGAAGAGGUAUCCUGAAGAUCACGAUUACAGAGAAUAUGGGCACACGUCUAAAAGGGCUAAGGAAAUGGAGAGGUAUGACGGUGGAGAAAUAACAAGAAAUUCCAAGUGGAAGCAAGAACGUUCUUUUGCACCCUACAAAGAAAAGGAGGAGCAAAGAAAUCUGGGUGCCCAGCCUCACCGAUCAGCCGAAAGGGAGUACUCGGAGGGAUCUGUCACAAAGAUAGCCUAUGAAUACAGUCACAAACGACGCCGGCAUCCGGAUGGGGAAAAGUCUUUUUCUGAUGACAGAGCUCAGAAGUAUGGAAAGCAGGAAGACCAGAAAUACAAUUCUUCUAAGGGUGCCCGGGAUAGCAAAGAGUUAAGUUACUUUAGCGGUGGAAGAGCGAGACAGACUGAAGAAGGGCAUGUUGAAGUACCUGUUAAAUAUAGUUCAAAGAAGGGCUGCAAUGCAUGUGUUAACUCUUGCAAAACAGAUGUUGAUCUGAGAUCCUGUAAGAACAAGCAGAAGGAAAGAGUAAGGAAAGAAGGAGAGAUCAGGAAAAAAGUAGAUUCUUCCAGUAGCCAGCAUGAUUCAAGUCAUACAGUUUCAGAUGUGAAAAUGUCAGAUGUCAACUGUAGGAGGGAACGUCUUACAAUCAAAGUGGAUAUGAAGAAAAUGGUGACCAAGUACAGGGCUGCUUCUAGUCAUACUACAGAGAGACAGAUGUCACAUGAUCUGGUUGCUAUUGGCAGGAAAAAUGAAAAUUUUCAUCCAGUGUUUGAGCACAUGGAAUCUGUAACACAAAAUGUUGAAAACAAUCCAUCAAGAGAAUUUACUCAGGAAAUAAUCACAAUUAUCCAUCAAGUUAAAGCAAAUUAUUUUACAUCUUCUGACAUAACUUUACAUGAACGAUUCUCAAAAAUUCAGGAUAAACCAGUUACAAAUAUAAAUGAAGUUAAAAUACAUUUGGAUCCAGAAAUUCACAGGAGGAUUGAUAUGUCUCUAGCAGAACUUCAGAACAAACGAACUGUGCCAUCUGAAUCUCCACAGAACGUUAUGAGAGUUUUAGAAGAUCCAAAUGAUCUACGGCAUGAUAUAGAAAGGAGAAGAAAAGAGAGAUUGCAGAAUGAAGAUGAGAGGCUAUUUCAUAUAGAUGGUGUAACUCCAAGGAAUCAGCAAAGCUGCAGUGUUUCAAAAUUACGAAACUCCCAUAUUGAUGGCUUUCAAAAGCCGAUAAGGUUCAUUAAACCACCUUUCAGGAAGUUUAUUGGAAAACCUCACCUGAAUUCUUACUAUUCUUCAAAAACAAAUGAUAUUUUCCCUCACAGACGAAUUAGAGGACAUCUUGAAAAUACAGGACCUAUUAGAAGACACUUUAAGGGACACUUAAAUAUUGCAACAGAAACCUGAACUGAGCUGUGAUCCUGAAGUUGAAACAUGCAACACAGCAAAGGGAGCAUCUGUUUGUUUUUGACAACUUUGUCAAGAACUAAAAUAGGAUGAAUGAACUAACAGUGUAACUUUCUUGAUAAAAUAACUUUAUUUUUCAGUAGUGGAUUGCUGCAGAACUUUUUUACAGUUUUAAUAAUUGCUUUUAAAUUACAGUAUUCGAUUGAAACAUUGUAGUAUGUACCUUUAGUUCCUUUUUGCAUACCAAUCUCAAGCGAAGAAAUCACUGAAGAGAGUCUUAUUUAUUGAGUACUUUUUUUUCUGAGCAUGAUGUUACAGAUGGAACUUGAGUUGUUAUAUGCAGAGGUUUAUAUGUUGAAAGUUUAUUGCUUAUGUAAUAAAAAAAGGAAAAAAAAAGUGCCUGAAUUGUUUGGUAAUAGCACAUUUGCUCAGGAUUUUCCAAGUAAUGACCUUUUAGGUUGUGCAAUAGAUUUUACACCUCUGUUCAGUCAUUUCUGUAAAACAGUAUUUUGUAUUACUUCAUUUUAGUUUAAUAUUAAACUUGGUUUUUGAUGUGUGUGUAUAUAUACAUUUGUAAACUGUUAGAAUGUUGAGACAAUUUUCAGCAUUUGAUUAAAAUAUAUGGUAAUGGGCAGGUAUGUAAUGUGCUCUAGCAGUAGUUUUUAACUGCACUGAAAGCAUGCUUGGGUUUGUUAGAGGAUUAGCUGAUCUGUUGAUCUGUAUUCAGAAAUACUCUGUCUCAUUACACUUUUUGGUGUAUGACCUUCUUGACCAAGCCACAUGUUCUCUAAUCUUUUUGCCACUUUAUUUCAUGGAUUCUGAAGAUGGAGCCUGAAGUAUUUAAAUACAAGAAAAAACAAACAGGUUUUUAUAAGCAUGACUUCUAACAAAGCUGUUUAUAAUUGACACUGCUUUAAAUGCAGAUAGCUUGUAAUUUUUUUGUUUAAAAUCCCAAUAAAUAUCUGAAGUUUACUGUACCACAAUAUUGUUAUGCUGUAUGCAAAACUCAAAUAUGUCAGCCUAUUUGAUCGACUAUAAAAAACAUUGUGUUUAUUUCUUACUUAUAGCUUUUGCCUUAAUAUAUAGUAUACAGUAGGGUUGUGUGUAUGUAUUAAACAUUUGUUCAGACUUUUUAUUCCAGGUAAAUUAAAGAUGCAUAAUAUGUAGUUUCCAGAGAAGAUGUUCUCAUUUGUUUUAAGCAAAAAGUUGUUCACCAUAUCGACAAGAUACACAAUUUAAUGCAUCUUUGUCAUUUCCAAGACUGUUAACCAUAUAGAAUGCCAGUUAAUUCCUGUUAUGGAUAAUAGAUCAGAAUCCAAAUACUGGAUAGAAGUAUGUUCGGAGGAAAAAAGAACUGGAAAAUUGUCUUGGGGUAGAAAGUUAGGGUAUGAUUUUUACAUACUUCUAAAAUUUUUUUUUCCACAAUACUUUCAGUAAAGAGAAUAUUGAAAGCCUGUAAGUGUGGCUCAGCAUGUCUGAGUGUCACAUUCUUCAGUUCAUGGGGCUUAUGGCUUAGUGUUCGUAGAAAUUAAGUAGGCAGAUGUGCCAUAUUUGAUGCAGUGACUCAGCAGUAAGACCAGAUGGUUUAAGUUUCUAAACCCCAAGUUUUUAGUGUAAAUAACAAUUUUUAAUAACUUAACUACUUUUUCAGUAACUUUUUUGACACGCAUACUGAAAAUGGGAAGCUGAAGGAAAGGAAUUCCCUGGCCAAAUAGAAGCAGCUAACAUUUCGUAGAUGAGAAAUAUUUUGCAUACUGUGCUGUCAGUGAUGACAACUACAUCCUCUGGUGUAGAUUAACUGGGAGAUGAGGUAAGGAAUUGAAACAGCUGAAUGGAAGGCUAGGUGAGUCAACACAAAGCAAAUGUGGAGCAGCCCACUAGCAGGAGUGCUGCAGUGUACCCCUGCAGGUUGGGGCCAGGUUUAACCUCAAGCCAACAAGCUGUUCACACAGCUCCUGAAGGUGAUAAAGCGCUGUAAAACACAUAAGUGAAACUAUAUGAAGCAGGACAAACGACUGAAGCUACAUCGUCUCAUUCAACGGGAUAUUACUGUUAUAAAAGUCUGGAAUAGAAUUUGUUGUUGAGCAAAUGGGGAAAAAAGUGGAUGGCUACAUGAAGAAACUUCUAACACAGCAGUUUUGAUAACGUUAUUUGAAAGCAACACUGGCACAAUCAGAAUUAACUUAGUGCUUCCCAUUUAUAAAAGCGGGAUUUAGAAAUGUGAAUGACUCCUGACUGAUUUUGUGCUUUGCUAGUUCUACCUGGGUAUCUCUAACUUUUAUUUCUACAGCUGAGAGCAGCAUAUUACAAACAAAGUAUUUCUGGUAUAUUCACUGAUUUUCCCCUCACCCAUCCCCAGUCCCAAGAUGAGUGUCACAUAAUGAAAUGUGUAUUUCUGUUGCUUUAGCAUUUAUUUAAGAUGAUACCAUUUGCUCAAACAACAUUAUUGAUGACUUUGCUUCACUAAUUAAGAAUCCUGCCAUGACAAAACUUGCUACCUUAUUUUAAAAAAAAGAAAAAAUCAUACAGAAAUUGAGCUUUGUAAUUGUUAGGUGCUACAGGCAACCUAACCAUCUACUGGGUAUUGUUAUCUCGUGUGAGACUUAAAGUGGCUUGAGUGGUAUGUAGGUAUAUCUUUUUGGAUUAGAUACUGUUACAUCUAUGUACUCGUACACAAGUAAUCAGCUCUUUCAACACAGCAAAGUAGCAUCUGUUGUGCUGGUACAGAAUGUUUGGUUGAGAGUAAUAUAUUAAAGUAACUGAUUGUGUUGUCAAGGCAUAGAUGAGAAAAUUAGUGUUAAGUAUAAGAAAGGUCAAUUUACUUAAACAAUUUGGUGCCUUUCUGUAUUGCGACUGCAUUGUAGAAAACACCCUCGGGGGUGGAGGGAACUUUAACAUUCUGAAUGUCGUAUUGUUUCUAAUGGAAGCAUGGACAGAGAACAGUUGUUAAAAUAAUCGCUUUAAAUAUGUGAAUAGUCCACAGCCUUAGAAGAAAAAUAGCAUCUCUUAUUGGUAAAGAUUGUCACUACAUUUGCAUUGGAACUGCAAGUUAAGAAUGUGAUUGUCUAAAAGCUGGUUAAUUUUCUGUUCUAUACUUUCAUAAAUGUACUUUCUUUUGAUUGACUUGACUGCUAAAUGCUCUUUGUUAUAUUCUAAAUUGUUCUGAUGUGAAAUUGUUUUUUAUUGCAAAAUGCAAUGGUUUAAUAGGAGACCUUCUUGUGUCUAAGAUAAUAAGUUAUUGUGGCAUUAGCAUUUACAUUGUUGAGCUGUUUAACUUCUAUAUUUGAUUAGAAUUCUUGUUUUGUAAAUCUAAACUUUGUAAUGAUUGAAUUCACAUGAUUAACAAAUUUGGGGGCUAGUAAGAAGCAACACAUUGUGAGCUAUAUACAAGUCUGCCUUUGUGUCUAAUAACGACUUGCAAAAUUUAAAUCUCCUUAACUGAUGGGUUUAGUUCUGUCUAGGUCUCAAGAUAAGACAUCUGUCUCAACUCUAGUAACUGACGGCAGAAGAUGGGUGUAAAUUCAGCUGAUAGCCAGUUGUGAUAAUAUUUUGGUAUCUUCUCUCCCAGGGCCUGAAGAUGAAAUGCUGAGUUUUCUUUGUGCAAACUUAGUUACCAAGAAGGAUCAAUAUUACAUUUUUGUGGUAUUACAAAAGGCAGAGUUUGCACAAUUAGCUUUUUAUUCUUUGGACUUUUUCUUUUUCUUUUCUUUUUUCUUUUUUUUUUUUUUUUUUUUGCCAUGUCUUGGAUAGUAAGAGCUACUUGGAAAAGAUAAUUAAAGGUUAUAGUAAAGAUUAAGCUAUGGGGACAUGAUUUGUGAAUUUUCACCUUAAACUGCAAUUAGAGGGAGAACGUUUUUACUUUCUGACAGAAACUUUUUCCAUAUUCUUUACAAAUAUAUUUUUGGCGUUCUUUGAGCAUCUAAACUACCAUCUGCGAAGUUCUCUAUGGGAGAACUCUCUAAAAGACCGACUCCAGACUUACACUCCAAAGAAUCUGGAAAAACUGGUUGUUUUUGCACACCUCUGGCCCUUGAUACACUUCAUUCCAUUGCUGCAGGAUUUGAAGAUACAAGGAUCUUCAGUCUCCUUACAGAGGAGAGAAAAAUAACAAAUAUAAAAGUCAUUUUAAGAACUUUGAAAGCCUAUUUAAAACACACAACUCCUUGGCAAACCUUAAGGACAGUGAUGAACGUCUAACUGUGUUCUGUUUCAUGCUUGGUAAGCAUAGAUUGUCAAUGUUAAUCUGAGAAAAAUAAUGUCAUAACUCUAGUUCCUGGCCUGCUGGGUUUUUUUUCGUGUUGGAGGGUUCGUGAGUAGUUAUGUAGCCAUGUGACUUAUGUUCAUUGCCUUCUACUUCAAUAGGGCUUUCUUUUGUUCCCUGUUCAUUGCUCUGAAUUUUGUCAAAGUUAUCUAAAUCUUGUCUUUUUUUCUAAUAUUUCAUUUUCUGUAAAUAAUGUAGUAGGUAGCUUUUAUCAUGUGUUUGGCUUCUCUUACGCUUUACCCUUCAGGGAAGGAGGCAGGGUAGAAGCAGUUGUUUGACUACACUCUGUAUGGAAUAAGAAAAGCUUCGUUGCUUUGCUUUAAAAAUAGCAGGGCUUCCCCCCCCCCAGCUGAAUGGGGGAUGUGGCCUAAUGUCCAUUUCUAAAGAGUACAUUAAAGUUGACCUUACUUUUUACUAGUUUCUCCCACCAUAAAGACUGACUAAGCGUGUUUAUGUACAUAUAUGUAUAUACACACAUGCACACACUAUGAUCAGAAACCUUUGAUUUUUUUUUCUGUAAGUGUGACUAAGGAAAACACUUUUAAACUAUGGAAGAUGGAGUUGAAAUGCAAGAGGAUUUUAAGUCUGUAGUCUUCUGAUUCCUCAAAGAUGCUUUUGAAAAUGUUAUUCUGUAUCUAAAAGUCUCAUGUUCAUAAGUAUAUAUAAAGAUUUAGG